AUGGCAAACACCGUGGAUACCCUCGUGGCCAAGGCACCAAUUACAUGUCCAGCUGAUAAAUUCUACAAUUUUUUUAAGCUCAACAUGAACGAUCUCGUCAAAGUGUGUCCGGCAGUCGUUACCGGCGCCGAGGUUAUCGAAGGAGAAGAGGGGACGGUUGGCUGUACCAAGCGCUGGAAGUAUAUUCUUGGUGGGAUUCCAUUGAUUGCCACGGUGAAGAUAGAGGCAAUAAGCGAUGCGGGAAAAUCGAUCACAUUUGCAGUUUUGGAAGGUGAUCUUUUGUUACUGUACAAAAGCUUCAAGGUCACACUCAUUGUCGGGGAGGGAUUGGCCACGUGGACUUUCGCCUUUGAGAAAAAGACUAUUUUGACCCCGCCGCCCGAGCUCUAUGUUCCCCUGAAUCCAGUGUUUCACGAGAGGCGCAAGCAUAUCAAUACGAAGUACCAUUUUAUUCGAGAUUGUAUCUCCAAGAAAGAAGUGAAGCUGGAGAACGUGAAGUCGAAAGACCAGGUUGCGGAUAUCUUCACGAAGCCGUUGAAGCUCGAUGUGUUCAAGAACUUACGAUUUUCUCUUGGAGUGAUGAAUUUAGUUUAA